GUAUUGUUGCUAUGGACUACUUCACAAAGUAGGCUGAAUGCAGUCCCAGGCUAGACUGCCAGCACGACUGCUGACAAACCUGUCGAGGUAUGGAGCUGCUUUGAGGUACCGAAAGCACAUUUUUUAGGGGUAAGGAAUCUGUUAGCAUUCUGUUAGCAUUCUGGGGUCUGGAAGAGACUGGGUUACUAUGUUACAUUCACAUAGUUGCAUCCCCAUACCUCUCAUGUCUGAGCUACACAAUCCAGUAGAUUUUUACACAACAACCAGUAGAUUUUUACAACCAGUACUCCCUGGAGAGGCUGGAUAGGAGUACCAGCACCACCUUUGGUAAUGUCUGGACUCCACCCAUUAAUUUCCCAGAAGGCAGCAGGUGCCCGACAGAACAGGGCCUACGAUCCUUGCUGCAAGUGGCGGCUAUUUCAACAAAGAGAAGUUGCUUGAGUUUAUACAUCGUUAUGAAAAUGAGGCUUUCCAACAAAGCUCGUCAGCUUUAGUGGGAAGGGGCCCUGUACUGCGAUAGAAAGGCCCUCGGGUGUAUGAUGUCCCAUAUACUGUAGUCUACACAGUGCCCCCUUUCCACCCACAUGUUCCCCUAUGUAGGACUGCCAACUUUGGUCAGAUGGCUGGAGUUAGAUUUGCAAUUCGAGACAAGUCUGCACACACACGCAUACACAUUUACAUGUAUGUUACGUUUAUAAUGGAAUAAUAAAGAUUUGUUGUAUGAUUUCUUGCAUGAGAGUCUGAAAGUGUGAGUGAAGGUAACUCUGCAUUGUGUACCAAAGCCAUUCACUCCCAGACAUUUGUGGAUUCUAUAAUACCUGCCUAGGUAGGCAGACAGGGGUAAAAAGAAGCCAGAGAAACAUGCCAAACUAGGACUGCAGGACUAGGUGGUGAACUUUCAGGGUCUGGAUGACCCAUUAGUGUCUGAUUGGCUUCUCAACAUCCCAAAACCUCCUACAGCUGUUUAAAAUGUUAUGGAUUUUCUUAUUUGUAAAUAGUUUCUUAAUUUUGUUGGAUUUAUUCUGAUGAGAAGUGUCUACAGAUGCACCCAAGACUCCCCUCCUCUCCUUGUUUUCCCUCAUAUACGUGUGUGAUUAGCUACCAGGAAAUGCUACCAAUUUUGCAGCUGAGUAUACAUUCAUUGCCUCCUAAGAUUCGGUUAGUUAAAAAAAAAUCCGGAAAUUUACUGCACACAGAAAACAAAAGGGAAUGUUGUUCUUCAUAAUACUGCUAGUCUAAGUUUUCUAGAUUUCAGACAGAAUGGCAAUUCCUUCGUAAAGCUAGUCAUGGAACAAAAUACUCGACAUAUGUCGCAGUGAUGGUGACAGGUAUUGCAAAUUAUUAAUUUCAAUCCAUCUAAUUACUGAUUAACUUUAUAGUUUGUUUUUUAUGAAAUUGCAUGAAAAAUGUUUUACAUAUAACAGUGAUAAAUUAUUUCUGUUUCACUCUAAUUCUAUUUCAUGAUUUACAUUAGUAACAUCAACUACCUACAUACCGUUAGCUCUGCCGUUUCACCACUAACAAAAAAAAACUAACCCCACCGUAUAUUUAUACCCCAGAGUUCUCGGCAUUAAUUUCAUAUUUAGCAUCCACCAAUGGCGUGCGGCUGCGCGGUGACGUCACGGGCUCGGAGACGGCCAGGGGCUGGUGGAGCAUCCAGGCUGCCGGAGGAGCUGGGCUGCGGGGUCAGGAGCCCGUCUGACAACGGGAUGGCUCUGUCCAUGCACUGUCUCUAGGAUUUUUUUUUUUGCAUUCCGGGAUGUACUCCUCAGAGAAUGCCAUCCAGAGUCUGAACGCACAGGGAGAGCAUUUCAAUAUGAGAUUCAGGACCGUGUGAGCCUUGCUAAAGAUGUCCGAUAGUGCUGAUGUUGAAGAGAAGCCUCCAGCCCCACCCCUGAGGAUGAACAGCAGUAGCCGAGACUCCUCUGCCGUGAAUCACAGCUCCAAACCUCUCCCAAUGGCUCCAGAAGAGAAGAACCGCAAAGCCCGCCUGCGAUCCAUCUUUCCUGGGGGUGACAAGACCAACAAGAAGAAAGAAAAGGAGCGGCCUGAGAUCUCCCUGCCUUCCGACUUCGAGCACACGAUACAUGUCGGCUUCGACGCGGUGACGGGGGAAUUUACCGGGAUCCCGGAGCAGUGGGCUCGCCUCCUCCAGACCUCCAACAUCACCAAGCUGGAACAGAAGAAAAACCCACAGGCCGUGCUGGACGUGCUCAAGUUCUACGACUCUAAAGAGACAGUCAGCAAUCAGAAAUACAUGAGCUUCACCUCCGGAGACAAGUCGGCGCAUGGUUACAUAGCACCUAGCACUCUGAAACGUCUCCUGUCUGCGCCAGCUCUCAGCGUUAGAGCCUGCGGCGCGGUGCCUGACAAGGGAACAAAGCCGGUGUCUGAGCCCCCGCUAGCUCCCCCGGUGUCUGAGGAGGAAGAGGAAGAGGAGGAGGAAGAGGAGGAGGAGGAGGAAGAUGAGGAUGAUGACGAGCCGCCGCCAGCCAUAGCGCCCCGACCAGAGCACACCAAAUCGAUUUACACACGCUCCGUCAUGGAGCCACCAGCCCCCCCGGCUCCCGUGAAAGAGGUAGUCAUCUCGCCGGAGUCCACACCCCCCAAGACCACCGCCAGCAGCCUCUACCGCCAGACGGAUCGGCAGAAGAAGAAAUCCAAGAUGACAGACGAGGAGAUCCUGGAGCGACUGAGGACCAUCGUCAGUGUGGGGGAUCCGAAGAAGAAAUACACACGUUUCGAGAAAAUAGGACAAGGAGCAUCUGGGGUCGUGUACACAGCCAUCGAUGUCGCCACUGGACAGGAGGUGGCAGUCAAGCAGAUGAACCUACAGCAGCAGCCCAAGAAGGAGCUGAUCAUCAACGAGAUCCUGGUGAUGAGGGAAAAUAAGAACUCCAACAUUGUCAACUACCUAGACAGCUAUUUGGUGGGAGACGAGCUCUGGGUGGUGAUGGAGUACCUGGCUGGGGGAUCCUUGACUGACGUGGUAACCGAGACCUGUAUGGAUGAGGGCCAGAUUGCUUCUGUCUGCCGAGAGUGUCUGCAGGCACUGGACUUCCUGCAUUCCAACCAGGUCAUCCACAGAGAUAUCAAGAGUGACAACAUCCUUCUGGGCAUGGAUGGCUCUGUCAAACUGACCGAUUUCGGCUUCUGCGCCCAGAUCACCCCUGAGCAGAACAAGCGCAGCACCAUGGUAGGCACACCCUACUGGAUGGCGCCCGAGGUCGUCACCCGCAAGGCCUACGGCCCCAAGGUGGAUAUCUGGUCCCUGGGCAUCAUGGCUAUCGAGAUGGUGGAAGGGGAGCCGCCGUAUCUCAAUGAGAAUCCUCUCAGGGCCCUGUACCUGAUCGCUACAAACGGGACGCCUGAGCUCCAGAACCCGGAGCGACUCUCUACCGUCUUCAGAGAGUUCCUCAGUGAAUGCCUGGAGAUGGACGUAGACAGGAGAGGGUCCGCUAAGGAGCUUCUGCAGCAUCCAUUCCUGAAGUUAGCCAAACCUCUCUCUAGCUUGACGCCCCUGAUCAUAGCUGCGAAGGAGGCCAUAAAGAACAGCGGCCGCUAAGGCUUGGCCGCUGGGGCGGGCUGAACGUGGGGAGCUCGCCUGAACACGCACCGGACUUCUUCAUAUCCCCUGACCGAGAUUUGUCUGGUGUUGACAUGGUGCCCCGGCAGGACACCGGCUCUCGGAGUCAGACAGAGAGUCGUGGGCGAACUCCAAGGGAGGCUACCGUUUUGUGGAACUCCUUCGUCUGCCCGGAGACUGGAAGCCCAGCUUUUACAGAAGCAAUCCGGAACUACCGAGGGGGGCAAAGCUGUUUGGACUUGCUCCUCUUCUGGAUUCAGAAAGAAAAGAGGCAGGACGUGUCUGCCUGCAUAAACUGUGACUCUCAUUCUCUAGCCUAUUCAGCCCUGGUUUUGGUGCCACUAUACCUCCUACGUCGGCCGGCUUCAUAGAAUCUUACUCCAGCAUGAUCAUGUGACCAUUUUCCACAGUGUUAUGGGUUAAUUGGCAUGGGAAAGUGGGAGGUUGUAGCUCUGUCUGUGACUUCAGGGUGUUUAUUCAGAUAAAAGGACAGUUUCCAAUUACAGCUCCAGCCAUCAGUACCUUGGUGAUUUUAUAGCAUUUUGUGUCAAACUCCUAACAUCUCUAACAAAAAAAAUACCUUUACACAUCUAAGGGGAAGAGUUCCUGUUGAUCUGUCUAAAAGACAAAGGAUCUUUUUUUGUUUAUUCUGAAAAAAAAACAUAUUUAAUCUACUGCAGGAAUUCCAAAAUAUAUCAAGCCAUUUGUACCAACUGGGGAGAGAGACGUAAAAAAACCCACGUUUUGUACGUACGCUAAGUGUAUUCGGCUGUUGGUCUGUCAGAUAUUUAUAUACCUUAUUAAAGGGGUGCUAUUUUUACAGAUUUCUUUUCUUGACUUAGGUUAUGAUUUCUGUCUGGGUAGCUUCCUGUUGCAGACGUUAAGGUGGGACAGUCAAGAUGUGCGUGUUUUAAAAAAAUGUGACGAAUUUACGGGUCGUGCCAGUGAUCGUGUGUACCUGUUUGUGACUGUACCUGAUAUUGGAAACGUGAAACGGCACCGGAGUCUCGUUUUAAUUUCCAAAUGUCUUAAUUUCCUUCCGGGCCUUUCCGUAGAUAUUUCAUUGGAACUAAACUGCAGUAUUAGGAAAAAGAAGAAAAAAAAACCACCCGCAAGAAGUGUGCAAUUUAAUGGUGAAGCAGUGCAUUGGUGAGGCGUGGAAUGCUAUUGGUUCUUAUGUCAUAUGAUUGAUUUUUUUUCAUCAAUUCUUGUGUGAACUGGCUAUAAAUUUUAAGAAAAAAAUUCACUGUCCAAAAUACAGAAUUUUUACAACAUGUGGUGGCCGAUGGUUCACGUCAGAAAAGAUGGAGAACAUUUUCCUGUCGAUAGCCGGUGAGACGUCUGCCAGCUGCUCUCACGCACGCUGCCUGUUUUAGACCAGCAGGGGGCAGGCUUGUGGGCAGACAGAUUCCUUACGGGUUGGUCCGCCAGCAGGGAAGUCUCUGCUCCCAUCCCUCUGCUACCGCGCUCUCUCAGACAUGCGCUAAUGCUAGCCACUAGAUGGUGUGAAAAUGGUAUCCCCUUGUCAAAAUGCCUGUUAAGCUACUCUUAAAAAGAAAGAGACUGUUCUGCAGUAUAUAUUUUACAGAUAUACAGUAUAUAUAAGCGAACAGGCUAACCGAUAUAUAUAUAUAUAUAUAUAUUGGUCCAGCUUAAUACAGUGAAAUGUCAGUCAUGAAGUUUUACAAAGAAUCCUGUUCCAGCCAAUGUAGAUAAAGCUGAGCUUCUAUUAGUGUAUAAUAAAUUGUGGUACCCCAGGUUCUGUACUGUGAUGCUGUAUGUACCAGUUUGGUAAUCAGCAGCUGCUAUACUCCGGGCCCACAGAACAAGCUCUGGCCCUGCUCUGUGCCCCUGUUGUAUUGUGAGAUCGCCACCCAUUUGAAGAAAUGAGCACAAAUGGCGCCCCCUCCUGGUGGAAGAAAAAAAUGUUCAAUGUUCAGAGUUUCCCUCCAAUGCUCCUGUACAUUCCCAUUCCCGGGCAAUAUGUAAGUCUGUACGUGUGAUGUGAAGUUCCUCCUUAAAUGUGUUUGAAGAAGAACAAAACUUUAAAUUAUUUGAAAUAUUACAGCACUGCUGAUCAGUCUCUUGUACCUUAAGCAGGUUUUUUUCUCUUUUCGUUUUUUAAGAAAAAUGACUAAAUUGGAGUUUUCGAUUAAAAAAAAAAUAUUUCUAAUUGUGGUUGAAGCAAUAGAGUUUUUGAAUUAUGAAUUGUGCAUGGCUCUGUCUUGAGUGUAAUACUGACAACAAUCAAUACUGCAGCUUGGUAAUUGGACUGAAAUAGAAAACAAAACACUCCACAUAAUCUUUGUUUUCAAUAAACUUACUUUUCAUUGCAAA